GAGUCAUCUAGACACACGACAAAUAGUCCGCGGGUUAAAGUUUCGCGCGCCGAAAUUUCGAAUUGCAAAAUUCAAAAUCCCUCACUACCAAACGCCCUAAAACACCGAAAUCACCGGAUUUAACCGACAAUUACAGUGACAUUACUCCGAAAAAUACUUCAAUCCCUCAAGAUAUUUUCAGUUAUCCUCAUUCCUUCAAGAAGAUGACACGCCCUUUGACAGAAAAUGUUCUACCGAGCGGUUUAGAAUCGCCUAAUUCUGUCAUCCUGCCCUCCGCAAGGCACAGAAGAUAAGAUGUUGAUAAGAAUGAGCAGGUUAUCAGGAUACGGGGCGUUGAUGGCAGUGAAUCGCUCCAGGAUCAAUCCGAAAAUAAUGGUUUAUGCGUUAAGGGUGUCUCGACGCUGUUAGACCAAUUAGACUGCGUCCUACGAGGGACAAGUCGAAGGGACGAAGGGCCAUACAUACCCUAAAAAGAGGGAUAAAAGUCACCCGGAAGUGAAGACGAACCUCAGAAUUGGCGGAUAACAAAAUGGCCGCGGGCUCUGCUGUUGCUAUGAUUGGUGCAAAUCUACGAUUCGGUAUUGGAGCGUCCGGAAACGUGACAUCCAACUCCACAAAAGUAUUCCAAUGUCAUCCAGGUGGAGUGACAGAAGCAACAGUGAUAUUCAGUCUAGGUGGUCUAGGAAUGGGUGCCAAUAUAAUCUUGAUGAUUCUUAUUCUAACCAAACGGCAUCUCCGAAGGUGGUCGCAGGGACUAUUAUUCCAUCAGGCAAUGGUAGACUGUGCUAGAGCGGCAAUAUUAUUACCACUGGGAUCAAGUAUUCUUAACUGUCAACCAGUGCACAAGUGUUCACUUGUUGAGACAGCUUUUCUUCUGCUGGUGACAGUCUCCACCGUCAAUAUGUUGACAACAGUGCUCAAUGACAGUCCGGUAUUUCCGGAGAGCGAUGAAGAGGCCGAUCUUACCGCUCCCUUGCUAAUGGACUCACCCCAGUGCGUACUGUUUGGCACAUUCAUGAUAUGGUUCGCUAGCAUUACAAUAAACCUGGGACCGACGUUUCUCAGUGGUGCAUUAGCAGCAAACACCGAGUCUGGACACAAUGCACCGAGUUGUCCUCUAGUUCAUGGACCAUUCAGACAUUAUAUACUCAAUGUCCUCUGGAUUGUUAUAAACGUAAUAUGCGUAUCCUUAACACUCUUUCACCUAAGAAAAUUACAUCGAGACUUAACGAAAGCCAACGUGGAAGCGGUUCGUGUGGCAGGACUUGUGACAACUCUUGUCAAUGUUACGGGGGGUGGCCACGAAAGGGCCGGAAAUUCUGUCAACGAUGGAGGAACCACUGAUCAAAGGAAUGGCACAACGCCAAAGAGAGGCGGUGCACUGGAGGAGCAUCGGAAAAUGAGGAAUUAUUUGAGAAGAAUGGAGCGCGAGGGUGUGCAGAGGGUGAAGAUGUUCCUAGUCAUUACGGCGGCCUAUGUUAUUUUCUGGGGACCACUUUUUUUCGUCACCCUGGUACAUCACCCUGUGAUUGGCAACACCACUGGCUACGAGGUGACCCUGCACAUCGCCUACAUUCACGCAUUCGUGAAUCCCGCUCUAUUUUUAACCCUUCAUCGAGGUCUCCGCCAGGGAAUUUCGGACAUUUGCUGUGGCUGCUGCGAGAGCAUAGCCCGAUGGAUCCUCGGAUCAUCAACAAACAGCCCUCUGCAAUCUGUCCAACCACCGAGAUACGAGCCAUCCCUGAAUGUACCCUUGCCACCAGCUCCACUCUUAUCCACAGCUGUUUCAGCUUGCGAUCUCAGUGAUAUUGCACAGCUAAAACCUCCAUUACCACCAGCAGCCAAAUAUCUCCCGCAAGAUGAACCUAUCAGCGUUACCCCCGACCCCUGGAGCAUCGUCUUACCACGGCCUAAGAGCAUCUCUAGCUUGUAUGACGAGAAAUUAUCAAAAAGACCGAGCUUAUUGCUUCCAGCACCACUAACAAUGAGUGACGUGACAACAGCUGUCAGCCCAACGAGUAGUGAAAUGCUUAGUGAAUAGUUGAUCGAUUAAUUUGAUAUUCGAGUGGAAUAAACGGAGUAUUAAUUAUUACUAUCACUGUAUCACUCUUCCAUUCCACUCAAAUAUCCCUUCGAUUCCCAGGUAAAUAAAUGUAUGAUAAAUCGAUGUAGCGAACAAUUCAGUUAUGACAAACACAAAGGAAAACAUAUUUAACAGCAGUGCGGAAUUAUUUUUCUACAAAGCAUCUCUUCGUCGAAAACGAAGAUAAAUACCGAUAUCUUCAAUGUUUCAAUGAGCACUCGCAUAGCCUCGUAUUUACAUCUUCACAGACUGAUUUUCCAAUUUUCGAGACAAAUCGUUGACGUAAUUAAUGAAAUGACAUUGAAUCAAUGAUUUCCAUGUAGUCCCUUCCUAUUUCCUAUCUAGUGUCAGCUCGAGUUAUUUCCUUCUGUCCUCUCUAUUUCUAUGACUGCACUGACGAAUUUAUUAGCAUUACCUAGCUACGUGAUUAUAGUAGAGAGUGUAAAAUGUAGCGUUAUCUGAUCUCGAGGUGUUUUAGGAAAACUCGGGUAAAUCAGAAUUAAUUUACUUCGAAUUUCAGAGUUCUUUAGAUUAAUUAUUCCAACAACAGUCAAGCAUUUUGUUUGUCCCAAUAUAAAUGAAUCAUUGAAAUUAAUUAGAAAUUGUUCACUAAAAGGGAGAAGAAUUUAUGUGAAUUCCCUGAGUUUUUCUAUUCUGUCCGCUGAUCGAUUAAAUAAACUAUUUGUGUCCGUCGACCGACUAAUCCCGGAAUGCAUCUAAAAAUUCAUUUACGUGUAAAUUUUCAUGUGGUACGUAUAUCAGUGAUUUAUAAUCAAUCGCCAGUGUCUAAUGAUUUUUAUAAAUCAAUUAUAUCAAUAAAUUACGUCUCGUCCUCGGACUUCCUGAAAUUCCAGCCCCUAAAUUCCUGAAACUCCCAAAAUACUCAUGAUAGCGUGGACAUGAUUUUUCAAAUGCGCAUUAAAUAAACGGUAAAGCACAAAAUCUAAAAUUAUCUGAAUAAAAACAAAGUCAAAUGUUGUAAAUAAAUUAGGGAAUUUCAUUCGUCUGUUGUCUUCGCGUUAUACCCGAAGAGCACGAUCAAUUUGAAAGAAUGAAUGGAAUAAAACGCUGUUUUCAUGAGCUACGAAGGAGUAUUAUUUUCGAAGAUUAAUCAUUAAGAAGAAAUUGCUCAUUAAAUGUAUUCCGCCCAUCGGAGUGUUUAAACAGAUGAAUGAAUUGUCAAUUAGCUAUGUAGAUUGCUGUAAAUUCGCGAUGAGAAAUUCAUACAGAAAACACUCGAUGUAGACUAAUCUGUGAAAUUUAUUCCCGAUAGAAAUAAAAUUCUUUUUAUAUGUAAUUCAUUUUCAUUGCAACUCAAGUAAACAUAGAAGUAUAUUAUACCGAGACGUCUUGGGUCCACUUUAUAUUAAAACUAUUUAGAUAUUUUCAAUUAAUUUUGCAAUUUCGGUCUUUUGAAUAGAUCGAAAAAUAGUCUGAAAUAUACGUCGAAUAAAGAAGAGGAUUGUCGUAAAUUUUGUGGUUAUUUUAGUAAUAAUUGAUCAAAUUUGUUAGUCAACUGAUUAAUUUAAUUCACAAAAUUGCGUUUCUCUGCAAUUACUGAGAAAUGUGCCUAAUGAGAGUCGAUUUUGAACUUGUCAAGUGAUUGAUAAUCGUCGUAAAUAGUGUUAAUCCAUGUGUGAAUGAAUUCAAUAAAACGUUC